GACGAAGGACACAAGUGAGCAUGUCUGUUGAGCGGAAAAAUUGUACUUUCUGAUUCUGAUGAACUCAGCAUAGGUUUCUAUUCGCUUCGCUGUCUCUACUUAUUGUACUCUAAGACGCUUAGACUUAGAGUACAAUAGUAGUACUCCACUUUCCUCGUAGUGGUGAGCUCAGUCGACCCCUAGGGAGCAGAAUAGGGAAGAGACGUGGCUCGAUUGUUUCACGAGCUUCUUCCGUUGUAUAUUGCUUUACACCAGCUAGGGGCAGGUGGAGCUCAACAAGAACACUGCAUCGGUGAACGGAUGACAAAAAAAGUAGUUCGGCAUAUCCAAAUUAGAAUAAGGCUUAAAAAGAUGAAAAUUUUAAAUAAGGCCGAAUUACAGCAAGCGGAAAAGGUUCUGCAGUCACACUUACCAAAAAGCUCCAAGGUGUAUGGAUAUCUGUUCGGUAUGAAUAGAAACAAACCACAUACAUUGGAGGUUAUUGUAGACUCCUGGCCUGAUUUUAAAACAAUUAUUUGUCGACCACACCCAAAGAAUGCACAUAUUCUGCUUUACAAAAAUCAACUGAGUUUCUUCAGCACUGAUGAGAAGAUUCUUAAGAAAAUGUUGACAGAAGACAAGGACUUAGACUGGAAUAAAUACUUCAGAAUUGGAGGGUUUGACAUUCGUCAUGCCACCAUGUUGAAGGAUGUCACCGCCACAGAAGGCGCUACAUUCAGACAGUUAACUCUAGUUCAUCUCCUUGCGUUACAAGACCCAAAUCUCCUUCCUCAACUGACAGUGAACAGUGAUAUGGAGGCCAGGAUCUCCUCUCUGAAUGAAUCCCAUGUCAGUUUGGUGAAUAAAACCUGGAAAUUUGGAGGUGAUGAAAAAGGUUUCCAACUAAUUAAAUAUCUCAUAAGCCACUUCCCCACCUGUUGCAUCACUGAUGAAGAAGGCUGUCCAGUUUCUUGGGUGCUUCUAUAUGAUUACUGUGCCAUGGGGCUACUGUACACAGCCCCAGACUACAGGGGGAGGGGCUAUGCCAAGAUCCUGAUAAGCACCAUGGCAACAAGGCUCCAUGCCCAAGGUUACCCUGUGUACUGCUUCAUUGAGGAGGAGAACCAGCUGUCCUACAGGCUCUUUAAAAAACUGGGCUUUACUGAAGACCCCUCCUACAGGGCUGCCUGGUAUGAGUUCAACUACUAAAAUAGUGUUGGGAACAUCACAACUAAACUCAAUGCUGAUGUGACUUUAUUCAAUUACUCUAUACACAAUGCAGCAGUGUAGCUGGAUCUCAAUCAGGUUGUCAAAGAUAAUGUACUGUUGGGUUGAGAAGGAAAGCUCUAAUCUUGACUUGUAAUAGAGAGGCAAUGCAGUCAGGAAAACAGUUCACUUUUGAUCCAAUUAGAGAGGUCUCUUUUUCUGCAAAAAGCGUACGCCUGCCCACAGUCAGAUAUCUAGUGUUUAGAUUUUGGCCUUAGAGAAACAGUGAAUUGGAUACAAUAUUAUAUUGUUUCUAAGAAUGUAGGCAGUCCUCCCCUCCUCGAGGUCUCAGAGACCAUGCAUGUCUACAUGCCUUGUUUUGUUAUAUAGAAAAUAUUUUGACUGAAGGCGGAGGUUACAACUGACUGACAUUGACAAUUAUCUGAGAGAUAAACUUCCAUGCUUUUUAUAGGUAUUCAAUUGCUGAACAGAAUCAUAUCCUGACAUAACAAUGUUUGAUCUUUUUAGUAAGAGAGUUAAUUCUGCAGUCUUUUAAUAAUAAUUGCAUAGUGCUUAGCGCUGCUUCUACCAACGUAACUUCACAUUAAUCAGUAAGUACAUGGCUAUUUUUAUACAGUCUAUGGUACAUGGUCAGCUUUUGGGUAUGCCAGUCCCUGUCAUAAAUGAACCUGAUUAAAUAAUGUACAAUUUCAA